AUGGUAGACCCCCCACAGACCUUCACGUCCCUGCCCGUACUCCCGCUCAGCGCCGCGCUGAACCCGGCUACCAAACCGCAGUUCCUGCGCGACCUACGCGAUGCCUUGUUGAACGUGGGGUUUUUGUAUCUGAGCGAAACAGGGCUGCCGGAGGGGUUGGUGCAGGAUGUGAUUAAGGAGUGUGGACGAUUUUUCGAGGAACUGCCGAGGGGGGAGAAGGAGAAGAUUGAGAUGAAGAAUGAGAGGAGUUUUUUGGGGUGGAGUAGGCUCGACAACGAAACCACGGCAUUCAAUCCAGACCACAGGGAACAACUCGAUCUCUCGACUCCACACGCACUACCCGGACCCGACGCACCGCUGUACCACAAUCUGCUUGCACCGAACCAAUGGCCGUCGGCUGACCACCUCCCGUCUUUCCGACCGGUCUAUGAGGACUACAUACGGCGCAUGGCGCACAUCUCCACGCUCUUCACGUCGCUGAUCGCAGAGGCCAUUGGAUUGCCUGCGAGCGCGUUUGAGAAGUUCUUUGAUCGGGACCAGCAGCACAAGCUCAAGAUUGUCAAGUAUCCAGAGGUUGAUGUGGGUGACCUGCCGGCUGGGGCGAGCGAGAUGGAGCGGAAGAAGUGGGAGAUCAAGCGCCAGGGCGUGGGUCCGCAUAAAGAUAGUAUGCUCACCAGCUACCUGCUGCAGGCGUCCGAUCAGCUCGGCCUGCAGGCGCAGAACGCAAAGGGCGAGUGGAUAGACUGCAAGCCCAUACCUGGUACGCUUGUCGUGGCGAUCGGGCAGGGCAUGGAGGCGCUGACAGAUGGGGUUUGCGCGUCAACUACACAUCGUGUUCUGAGUCCGCGCAAGGGAGAAGGGGCGCGGUACUCGGUGCCGUUCUUCCAAGGCGUGAGCUACGACGCGCAGUUUGAAGCCAUGGAUGUGCCGGACGAGGUACUACAGCUGAGGGACCAGGCGAGGAAGAAGCGCAAGGACGAUGUGGAGUUCACGUUUGUGAAGGGCAGAUGGGGACACCUCGGCGAGGCAACGCUGAUGAACAGGAUCAAGAGCCAUCCCGACGUUGGCGAGCGGUGGUACCCCAACGAGCUGAAGCACAUCCGCGCGCAGCAGGCAGCAGCGCAGGCGUCGUCAUGA